AUGGCUGACAAUACUUCCGAGGCUCGUCAGUUCACCUUCGUCCUCCACGAGGGUCAACAGGGUCUCCGUAGCCAUGCUAUGCGAGAAUACUGGAAGAAGAGGCACCAACAGAAAAGGGAAGAAGAGAGGGCUAAACCACAGCCCCUUCGUCACCUACUACCAGGCAAGGAAUCAGGCGCAGAGACAGCAUCGAGCACCACGAGCGGUCCAUCGCCCUUACCAUCAUCGAAUAACGGCUCCCCCACCGCGCUGUCAGUUGUCUCUCAAGAGAGACAACCUUCCACCGAAGCUCAGUACGCCCCGUCAAACCGGUCGGUGACUCAUGAGCCAGUUGGGUCACCAGAUCAUAAGCCGCCUUUGCCUGGUAUCCCAGCUCAAGCUCUCACCGGAUUAAAUUAUGCUCUUGCCUAUACCCGGCUGGAUCCGUUCGAUACAUUCCCCGUAAAGCUGGGCGCCAAACACCACAAGCUUCUUCACCACUGGCUCACUACCCACGCUACUAUGAUGUUUGAGGAGCUCCCGAUGCCUUCAUUCAAUCCGAUGCGCGACGUCUGGUUUCCACUGGAUCUCUCGAAUGAAGCCUCGUUCAACGCCAUCAUGGCACAUGCGGCGGCUCACCUAGACCAGAUGCAUGGUCUCAGAGCCUCGACUGACGCAUUGCUAUUCAAAGCCGAGGCUGUCCGGAUUGUAUCGACAUGGCUGAACGAUCCGGCCCGUGCCCUAAGCGAUGAGGUCUUUGCUGCCGUUCUCCGUCUAUUAACUUUCGAGAGGUAUUGGGGAACCGAGUCAGAGUGGCGAAUUCAUCGUGAUGGACUCCAGCGCAUGAUCGAGGCCCGUGGUGGAAUUGAAGCCCUCCAGAGUAAUUGGCGUCUCGAACUAGUCACAUUCUUAGUUUCCCUCAUGUCGAAGCCCUCCUGGUUUGACUCCUCCAACCGCAUUUGGGAGAUAUGCGAACAGCCAUUUACACCCGAUUUACAUCCUAUAAUGGGAGAUAUGGAGAAUCUGCAUCGUGUACGCUGCCUAUGGCUCAUUUCCUUUAUACAGGAUAUGCGCACCUUGAUGGGCGGUUCGUCACGGCUUUACUUGAGUGGGCUGUCUUUCUAUACAGCUGUACGAGAUGCUGCAUUACUCCUGUGGGCCGACUCUAAACAUCACACAUACACGGCCAUGCAUCGACCCGAGUGUACCCCUGCGGAAUUUCGCCGACUGGCAUGUUUAUUUUUCAUUAGUGUGUUGUUGCAAGGGUCUAUGUCGACCCAUGAAUACGCCGUUUCUCCUUCCUCGCCCCAGGCCCCUAUGAACUCGCCGGUUCUCGACGACCUAUUACUUCUCGAUACUUACCUGGACUGCUCGCGCCCAUUGUGGCAGGGGUCUGUGGAAAAACUUCACACGGCUCUAUUCCGCGACUUUACGGGUCUCCCUGAUGGCCCACAGAAGAUGAAAUAUGUCUUGAACAUGACUGAUGUGCUCCGGUGCAUGAGUGUUGAAGCGCGUCGCGGGGUCGAAAAAUGCUUGUUAAAUAUGCUAUGCCGCACCAAAGGAAGCGAACUUCGGUUCUCCCCUGAUGAUGACUGGACACCGGAUUCUUUGUUAUCAUCCUUCCAUGGAAUCUGA